AUGACCUCCAUCCACCAGAUUGUGGAAGAACAACGAAAUUUUUUUCGAACAGGAAUUACGAAGAAAUUGGAACACCGUAGACAACAACUCAUAGCACUACGAACAUUAGUAGAAAAAGAAGAGAGGGUGUUAACUGAAGCUGUUUAUAAGGAUCUUCGACGAAUGCCAAAGAUAACGUAUGGUAUGGAGUUACUAUCUGUAUUUCUGGAAAUCGAUUACAUGCUGGAUAAUCUUGAUAAGUGGACUUCACCUCAAGUGGUAGAAAAAACGUUUUUGUCGCUACUAGAUUCACUGAGUAUUGUUAAAGAUCCACUUGGAGUCGUGCUUAUUAUUUCAGCUUGGAAUUAUCCUUUAUAUGUCGUCUUUCUUCCACUUAUUGCAGCUAUUGCAGCAGGUAACACAGCAGUAAUAAAGACAGCUGAAAGAGCACCAAACACAGCCAAGGUUUUAGCUGAUCUGUUUUCGCGACACUUCGAUCCACAUUUCUUAACUGUGAUUACUGGUGAUGCUGUCGUUUGCGCCAAUUUACUUGCUGAACGAUUCGAUCACAUUUUCUUUACUGGCGGUCAAGAAAUAGGAAAAAUCAUAUUGGCUGCAGCUGCUAAAAAUCUCACCCCUGUGACCCUCGAACUUGGCGGCAAAUGUCCAGUGGUGGUAGAAAGCGAUGCUGAUAUCGAGAUUACUGCUCGUCGUAUUGCCUGGGGGAAAUGGACGAAUUGUGGGCAAACAUGUAUAUCACCAGAUUAUAUUUUAACAUCGCAGGCUUUGAAAGCUAGUCUUGUUGAAGCGAUAAAAAAAGCCCUGAGCCAAUUUUAUUCUCCAAAUCCAAAGUCCUCACCAGAUUAUAAUCGUUUGGUCGAUGAGACACAUUUUGACAUUCUUUAUCAGUGGGGUGAGUUUGAUCGUGAUGAUCUUUUUAUGCCACCUAUUAUCUUAGAUUCCUCAAAAAACGAUGCGAUUAUGGAAGGCGAGAUAUUUGGCCCAAUACUUCCAAUAGUUACCGUUACUGGCUUAGAUGAAGCCAUUGAAUUCAUAAAUUCCAAGGAAAAACCUCUUGCUGCUUAUUUAUUCACUCGUAAUGAGUCUAAAGUUCGGCGAUUUUGUAGUGAAACGUCUAGUGGUGGUGUUUGCAUUAAUGAUGUUUGCAUACAUUUGAUUGUGGACACUUUACCAUUUGGUGGUGUUGGUUAUAGCGGCAUGGGUCGUUACCACGGAAAAUUUGGUUUCGAUACAUUCACACAUGAAAAGAGUGUGGUGAAGCGGAUGUUUUUUGGCGAAACGCUCUUUGGGUAG